CAAAGCGGCGCCCAAGUCGAGCACCGAGUCGAGCAGGGACAGGAGAUGCAAAUGGUCAUGUACCCACCCAUGCAUUAUUAAUAUCAGAAACUCAUUACUACCUUGACCUCUGAUGGUAUACACUAAACAAUUGCAUCAACUAUAUUUUUUUCCCCCAUACUACAUUCAUUGUAUACUAGGUAUACGAACUACUAUCAAGAAUAAUAUCUAUAAAAUGGACUAAGCAUCAUGCCCCACUCCUCUCGCAAAAAGAAACCAAUCCCACAGAAACGCCUCCAAGUGACCGACGACCACGGCUGGACGCACGUCACCACGACCCGACACGCCCGCCGCGCCGUCCACCAGAACAACGCAAACGCAAACGCAAACAAUACAAAUAACACAGACGCGAACACGGACAAUGGAAAUGAAGCAGAGAUCAAGUUGCCCCCCGCGGAACCCCCGCGCGGGCUCACCCUCACCGAGCUGACGGAGCAGUUCGCCUUUCAUCGCGCCCGAUGGGAAUCCUCAGCGACCUACGCGGCUGUCCGGAGGGAACUCGAGAACCACCAACACCAUACAGCUCCAGCUGAUAUAACCUCCAUCAUCUGUAUCGGACUGGGUAGUCCGAGCGGGUUUCUUCGUGGGGGAUGGGUUGACCGUCGCUCUGUGUCGAUGUACCAGCUUGCUGCGUUGGCGACCGUCUCUGAUUUUUUCGAGGUAAAUGUCUGUGCGCAAGAUCCUGUCUUCAACACCCUCGACAAACAGCUCCUCGAGACCCUCUCCAUCCGAGCAGUCGAUCAUCCAGCCGCUUUCGAGCUUGUUAACGAGUCGUCCCUCCUCUUCUGCCCCGGCGCGGAAAAGUCACAUCUCGAACGUCUCUUGCCUAGGUCUCCUGCGCUCGUCUUUGGCGGACCCCUGGAAUCGACGGACUCGAUUGUCUUGGAUACCUUUUUGCAAGGCGUGGGCUCGCUCAAACUGCCGGUUUUCGAGGAGCUAGAGCAUGCUUUUUGGAACAUGCGCUUAUACUGGAGGAUAAAUGAAUAGUCCCUAUCAUAUACCCAUUAUGCACAUAUGGUUGUCAUCUGAUUCUUAGAACAGUAACUACAGUAACUACAGCAACACAGUAACACCACCGUCGCCAACGCCUUAGUUAGCCAACGCCGCAAGAUGAACACCCAAGCCACUUAUUUACACACAUGCCACCAGCAGCAGAAGUAUACAGUGAGCAAAACCAAAAACCAUGCCUGCUAGUUCACAGAUAGCAACAGAAUUAGGCCGUCUUCCCGCCGCAGUCGGGAAUCUUGAGCCCUGGCUUCAAAUUGCGUGCCGCGUCCAUGAGUCCCCAUUUGUCUUCCCAGUCUUUGCCAGGAGUGUUGUAGAUGACCUUCCACGGCUCGUCGAACGCCUCGAACCUUUUUU